AUGUCUCAUGUCUUGCAGGUCGCAAAGCUUAUGAAGGCAAAGCAACACUACAAGGAGGUCACCGGCAGCGACUACGUUCCGCCACCACAGGAGAAGAAAGCCAAAUCCACACCCAAGCCGCAGGGCGAUGUACCGCCGUCGUCUUCAGGCCCGAGCAAGAACGCCGCCAAGAAAGCGGAAAAGGCAGCUAAAAAGGCGGCGGCGAAGGGUGCAAAGUCCGCGCCUGUGGCCGGAUCGUGUGUCCCACCGGCAGCAGCCCCGGCGCCAGCUGCUUCAAGAUCGUCCCUCCCUUCCAUGUACCUCGGCAGCGAUGGGUCCGGCCCUCUCAAAUGCUUGACCGCUGCAAAGUUCUUUGGGGUGGAAGUGGAAGUAGCCGACACCAAUCCGGCAGGUGAGCUAUCCUCUACAUCGGGUUGUGCGGUCUCGACCGGGAUGUCCGUGAUAUUUGGGUCGAACGCGGUGUGCCGCUACUUUUCCUAUAAGGGCAAGUCUUCGUCGCCGAAAGGGCCGACGACAGACCCUGCCGGAGCUGUCGAGGAGUGGCUGGACUGGGAAACAGGAACGCUCGCACCAGCACAGAAGGCUCUCGCUGCAUCGAAAGAGGCUGGCGGUUCCGUGCCGACCGAGGCUCUGGCCGCGCUGAAGCACCUGGAGGACAAACUCACCGGAACAUGGUUGCUUGAGGGGGACGAGCCGUCUCUUGCGGACAUAGUCGUGGGUGUUACGGCGCAGGCGGCCAUCACUGUUCUUGGAGAGGCCGAAGCAACAUCUACUCUCGCCAAGGUUCUGGCCUAUGCGCAGCGGGUUGGGGAAAUGCCCGCAUGUAAACAAGCAGCCAGCACCAUCGAUACCUUCAUCAAGGCGAGUGCGCGCGAACAAAACGCAUCUACGGGCGUCAGUCUAAAGGCUGGCCUUCAAGCGUCGCUUUUGGCCAUGUUUGAUGCGGCCAUGUUCAAGGCGUGGCCCUUGGCAAAGAGUGCUGGAAUCACCUCUUCCAGCGUGAGAAAGUGCGCCGAUUACAAGAACGGCGACUUCCAGUGCAAUGCUGCGAUGGCUCUCUUCAAAGCCCUCAAGGGAGGCGACGGGGCACCCUCGAGCCCCCAGGCUGCAGCGUCGGCCAUCGUCGCGUCACUUCCCGUGAACCCCCUGGUAGACACGACAUCUGUGUCACCUCAAGGGUACAUCAAUAUCCGCCUCCGCCCGGCGUUCAUCAAUCAGAGCAUCGCGAAGGUCAUCAAGAAUGGACCGGCGCCGCCAGAAGUGAAGAAGAUGCGGGUGGUGGUGGACUUCUCAAGCCCAAACAUCGCUAAAGAGAUGCACGUGGGGCACCUUCGCAGCACCAUCAUUGGGGAGGCCAUAUGCCGCGUGCUAGAGUUCUGCGGCCACACGGUUUUCAGACAUAACCACGUCGGUGACUGGGGGACACAGUUCGGCAUGCUCAUCAACUACAUGAAGGAGGCCUACCCCAACUUCCUCACAGAUCCUCCCAACAUCACAGACCUCACAACCUUCUACAAGGCGGCUAAGCUUCGCUUCGACGAGAGCGAGGAGUUCAAGGAGGCUUCGCGCAACACGGUGGUGGACCUACAGUCGGGUGACCCGGCAUGCAAGGAGGUGUGGACGUUGCUGUGCGACAUAAGUCGCAAGGAAUUUCAGAAGGUGUACGAUCGCCUGGAUGUCACUCUGGAGGAGCACGGCGAGUCGUUCUACAACGACAUGAUCCCGUCCACGAUAGACAUGCUGGCCGAGGCCGGCCUCGUGUCAAGGGAUGAUGGUGCCGAUAUCGUUCGGCUGGAACACUUCACGUACCCCCUGAUCGUGCGCAAGCGAGACGGUGGUUUUGGAUACGACUCCACGGACAUGACCGCCAUCCGGUACCGACUAAAAACGCUAAAAUGCGAUUGGAUCAUCGGCAUCACUGAUGCUGGGCAGGCCAGUCACUUCCACAUGUGCUUCGAUGCGGCACGAGCAGCUGGAUGGGUUGACGAGGGCACCAAACUAGAGCACUUAGGCUUCGGCGUUGUGCUUGGCCCGGACGGAAAGAAGUACAAGACGCGUUCGGGGGACACGGUUCGAUUGGUUGAUCUACUGGAUGAGGCUGUGCGACGGAUGGCGGCAAGCAUCCAAGAACGAAUGGAUGAAGGCAAGAUGACGACUACCAAAGAAGCUGCCGCGGCGGCCGCGGCAGAAAUUGGCUAUGGCGCUGUGAAGUACUAUGACCUCAGGCAACAUCCCAGCACUUCGUACGUAUUCAGCUACGACCGCAUGCUCGACACGAGGGGUAACACGGCGGUCUACUUGCAGUUCGCCCACGCCCGACUGGCCUCCAUUCUGCUCAAAGCACAAGAUGAGCUGCACGUCGACGUUACUGCUCUCAAGGCUUCGCCGGAGAAGGUGUCGGUAGAGCACGAAUCUGAACGAGCGUUGGCGUUCGAGCUGCUGAUGUUCAGUGAUGUCAUAGAGGCAUGCUUGGCUGAUCUUGGUCCCAACCGCUUGUGUGAGUACCUUCACACUCUCGCCACCAAGUUCACGGACUUCGUCACCAACUGCCGGGUCCUGGGUUCGGAUGGACAAACGAGUCGACUCUUGCUUUGCGAGGCGACGGGCGUCACCAUGAGGAAAUGCUUUAGCCUCCUGGGUAUGAAGGCUCUAGACCGGAUUUAAACCCGGCCGUUCUUUGCUGGUGGUGCGAAGACACCCCCUACCGUUGAGCAUCGUCCACAUGAGUUACCGGUGUAACGAUUGUACAUGUAGCACGUGUGAACACCUUGGACGUGAGAAACGAACUGAUUUGCGUGGCGACGAGCAUCACCAUAUACAUGAGAAAUUGCUUUUUACCUCCUCGGUAUGAAGGCCCUAGACUGGAUUACACCCGGCCGUUCUGUGCUGAUGGUGAGGGAAUACCCACGGCCGUCGAGCAUCGUGCACAUUAAUUGCCGGCGUGACGAUUGUACACACACGUGUGAACUGAGACGGUAUCGAAAUUGUUGUUGGAUUAAUUACGUUUGCGAUAGCUUGUUCGCAGAUGGGGAAACUCGCCCUCCUCUCCUCCCGAAUUUUGCGGCACGGUUGACUUGCUCAGGUUGUCUGGGAGGAGAACACACGACAACCUUUGCUUUCUUCCUUUAGUAGACGCUGAUUACCCAUGACGUUUGUUUCCUCCGUUUCGAGGAUUGCGACGCUUGUCUGUAUUGCGAAGUAAGCGUGGCACAAGCCAUGGUUGCAGCGGUAUCACCAGCAAUAAAAAAACAAGUAAAACGAAGGAGAAAGGGGGGGACAACGCUACGGGUAAGAUGGGUCCUUGCAUGGGGACUCCGAUCUCUGGCCAAGC